AAAAUGACAAAUAUCACUGCAGUUACCAUAUUUAUACUCAGGGGCUUUACAGAUAACAAUCAGCUGCAGAUUAUUCUUUUCUUCCUUUUUCUAGCAAUUUACCUUUUUACUGUCAUGGGAAAUUUAGGACUGAUUAUAUCAGUCAUUAGGGACUCCAGGCUUCACAACCCUAUGUACUAUUUCCUGAGUGUUUUAUCAUUCUUGGAUUCUUGCUUUUCUACAGUUAUUACCCCCAAAAUGCUGAUAGAUUUUAUGUCAAAGAAGAAAGCCAUUUCAUUCCUUGGAUGUGCAGUACAGAUGUCUCUUGCUGUGGCUUUUGGGACCACAGAGUGCUUUCUGUUGGCUGCAAUGGCUUAUGACCACUAUGUAGCCAUCUACAAUCCUCUUCUCUAUUCAGUGAGCAUGUCACCCAGAGUGUAUAUGACACUCAUCAUUGCUUCCUUCAUUGGCGGGACUCUGAAUGCCACUGUACACACAGUGGCCACUUCUAACCUCUCCUUCUGUGAAUCCAAUGAAAUCACACAUUUCUUUUGUGAUAUUCCUCCUCUCCUUGCUAUUUCUUGUUCUGACACUCAUGUAAAUCAGAUUCUACUAUUCAUCUUUGUGAGCUCUAUUGAGAUUGUCACUAUCCUAAUUGUCCUCAUCUCCUAUGGCUUCAUCCUGUUGGCCAUUCUGAGGAUCCAUUCAGCUGAAGGAAGGCAAAAAGUUUUCUCUACAUGUGGCUCUCACUUAACAGGAGUGUCAAUUUAUCAUGGGACAAUCCUCUUCAUGUACCUGAGACCAAGCACUACCUAUGCUUUGGAGCAUGAUAUGAUAGUGUCAACAUUUUAUACCAUUGUGGUUCCCAUGCUGAAUCCCAUUAUCUACAGCUUGAGAAACAAAGAUGUAAGAGAGGCAAUGAAAAAAUUAUUUAGGAACAAUGAUAUAUGGAUAGAGUGA